CUGUGUACACGCGUUGUCGUCUACGCAGGUACAAACAUUCCGUAUUUAUCUGUUUGUAGACUGACAUUCCACUUGAGUUAUGUUCAUUCAUUAUUGAUUGCAAACAAUUUUCCAUAGUUGGUGAUACGCGAUAAAUCCGGAUGAUCGGAUGAUAUUCAUACGACGAAUCUCACGGGAUUGAUCGGAUAUCAACGGGGAUUAUAAAUCAAGUGUAAUGAUUGGUGUAUGUGUGUAGUUUUUUACAGUGUUCAUUCGUCUUACCUCUUCGAUAUUUAUUACGCCCGUGGGUGUGUCCCGUGCAGUGAAUCUAUAAAUACGUAAAUGGAAAGGGCCGCUACCUUAGCCCUUCGCUGUUCUAGCUAAUCAAUAAACAACUAGCCCUUUAUCCUUGGGUUUAUGAGGGCAUUGUAUCAACGUUUUUUUCUUCUUCGCUCUGUACACUGCAUUUAACAUUGGUGGAAUUAAUUAUUUGCCUUUUUAUCAUGAAAAAAUCGAGAUCGAUUGAUUGAGCCGAGAAAUUGUCGACUGGAAAGGCAGUGGAAAGAAGAAACUGUGAUCAAUAAUGUGGUGUAUAUGUGUGGGGAGUAUGUGUGGGUGGUUGACUAUGUGAAAUAAUACAAGAAUAUGGAGGAAAGCACGUACUCCCAUGCUACCAACAACCUCACCUGAGCAACGAUCUCCACCACUUGAUACGCGAAUAUCCAAUGACCGAACGAAAUGAGAAGAGAGCGUUACGAAAUAUUGUUUAAUAGAACUUGAAGAACAUCAGAGUGCAGUAUUAUUUCCAUUUAUCAACGUGAAUUCUCGUGCGACAUGAGUGACAAUAGAGAGGCCGUGAUCGAUACCGGGAGAAUGACACUGCCAAGCGAGGGAAAUCGAUAGCUCAGUUUAUUUUCGGCGGUGAAUGCUCGCUCAUCUUCCACCGUUCUACAUAAUAAAACAAAACACUAGUAUACGGUUGGAUUGUAACGUUAGUGUAUAAUCCUCCCGGAAGAUAUAAGGUGGAAAGCCUCGGAGACGUUUCAAACGAGUUGGGUCUUAUUUUUAGCGGUUGAUCUUGGAGGAGUUGCAAAAACCGGUUCUCCAUCGUCCUGAGGAAGAGAUGUGAUGAGAAGUGAGAGGAUUGUAAGAGAAAUCUUUGCAGGGAUACUACGAGAUUCCAAAAAGAUUCACCGAAUGUUAUUGAACAUUAGGAUUAAUUAUUUGGACUGAUGGAGGCUAUAAAAAUUAGUGGAUUUUUUGAGAUCCGUUGAGUGAGGGCAUUUCAGUUAAUUUUCUGUGCUAAUAAUCGUCGGUUGUAUUAUUAAUUGACGACAAAUUCAAUAUUGCGAAGUUGAGUAUGUGGUGAAAUAUGAUAACGAAGGAAUUUUUAUGAUGAAUUUUAAUUUCUCUUGAGACUGUGAUUUCACGGAAAGCAAUGGCAACUAUGAUAAUCAAAGUCUAACGGAACUCGAUGAGAAAUACUUGACGGCAAUUCGACUAGACUUACUGGUGAGGAGAAAGUUGUCUGUUCCUAUCGCGUUUGGAUAGAGUAGCUCAGCAACGUAACUAUAUCUACUCGACAGCACUUGGGAAUCCUCUGUUUAUGUUGCUGAUAGUACCUGUGACAGCAAUUAUCGGAGAUUGUGCUUGAGGAAGACGUCAAUUACGGAAGAAAACGGCAUGAAGUAUGGCGGAUAUGAGUCGUCAAGGUGUACGGGGUAUUGUCGGGACGGAGGUGGAUUCACGAAGAGGAGAGCAACGUGCACUUGCAGCACGGGGUGCUACCGGCGCUCUUGUGCUUGGGAUCAUUGCUGUUGUGCUUCAGGCCGCUGCAACUGCAACACCCGCGUGGGGAUACUUCACAAAUCCUGACGCUGGAACUGCUGCAGAAAAAGGAUAUUUUGGACCUUGGAGGGUUUGCAAGUUACUGUUGUACAACCGAGAGAGAUGCGGUCAGAACUUCUCGCGGUUUCAACCAGUGUUAGCAGUAUGGAUCGCAGGAUUAGUAGCAGUGGGAGCCACCUGCUCCUUAGCCAUACUCGUGGGCCUAGCUGUUCUACAAUUAGCAAUGGCCUCCUCAGCGAAACGCGUCGUCAUUCCUUACAGUUCAGCGGUCAUCGGCAAAGUGGUUCUUGCAACACUAGCCACUUGCCUCUCGAUCGUUGCUGCCAGUCUAUUCGCCCUCCAGACGGACGAUCGAGCCAACAGUUUUGUUGUAACGAGAGGUGAAGCCUUUUAUAUGCAGCUAGGAGCCAUCGCCCUGAAUUUGGGGGUUCUGGUGUCGUCGAUUUAUGAGAGUAUAUACGCUCGACGAGGCGGGGACCCAACGAAAUUGAGGGACAUCCCUGAUAUGAGAUCAACUACCAUUAAUAAUCCAGGCUAUCGAGAGCACCCGCCUACGAAUGGUGGAAGUAUAUCAAUGACUGAUGCCAGUGGAAAACCUUACGGACCAGGAGCUGGUAACGGUUCGAUGGCGUCCGUAACAACAUCCGCAAGCGUAGGAAGUACAACAUCACCUCUAAGAAGUUCACUUAAGAAGCCAAAACCCCUUGGAAUCCAGAAUCCUGGAUUUUCAGCGCACAGUCCUACACUGACGAGGAAUGGGUCACAAAAGAAAGUUCGAAUUCAAACCCACUCGACAGAAGUUUAAAAUAUACUAUAGCGUAGAAUUUUAUCGUAUUGCAGAAACGAAACUAAUCAAAAUCGCGUUGUGAUAGUGGAGAUGGUUGAAUACGUAGUAUAACAUUAUUUCUAUGAUGGAAUUAGUGCAGCGAAUACUCGUGUUCUGUGCUCCGACCUGAAUACGUGUGGAGUUGAUGAUAUUUGUAAUUUUUUAUCAUUACAAAUUGUGUCGAAUCCGUCCAUAGUCCUAAGCAGGCAGCUAUAUGAUAUCAUAAUUUGGUCGUCAGACGACUCGAUAAAGAAGAGUUAUAUGAAUAUAAAUAUAUAUAUAUUUUUUGUUGGAAGUCUUUUAAUAUAUACACAUAUCAAAUUA